AUGCCGCCCAUAGACGAUGGCUUCGAGGCCCUAUUGGAGCCUUUCUAUAACGGCAAGAAGCUCACGGAUCCCGUCUCGACCAAGGAAGACAAGUUCCAGCUUCUCCCAGCAUUCCUCAAAGUCAAAGGUCCGUCUCUGUCCUCUUCCCAUCUCUUCCUCCCAUCUCCGCCACCUCCUUCCUUGAGCGUCACCGCUGACAAAUUCGGAUACAGGACUCGUAAAGCAGUGCGUUGGCCCGUCGCCUCGCCGAAGGAGACCCCGAUCGGCCUGCUAACCGGCGUCUCCAGGCACAUCGACUCGUACAACUUUUUUGUUGAGCACGAGAUCAAAGACAUCGUCCGCGCCAACCGCACCAUUCGAAGUGACGUAGACAGCAACUUCUGGCUUGAAAUUACCGACAUCCGCGUCGACCGCCCGCGCCGGCAGGACUACAAAGAUGCCCAGUCACGCAGCGAGGUGACACCUAUGGAGUGUCGCCUUCGCGACAUGACCUACGCUGCUCCCAUUCUCGUUGACAUUGCCUAUAUUCGAGACAAGCAAAAAAUUGUUCGGAAGAACGUCCCUCUCGGCCGCAUGCCUGUCAUGCUCAAGAGCUCCAAAUGCCGGCUCGGCGGAGCCACCAACGCGCAGAUGGAGGCCAUGAACGAGUGCCCCUUGGAUCCCGGCGGAUAUUUCAUCGUGAACGGUACCGAAAAGGUGAUCCUGAUCCAGGAGCAGCUCAGCAAGAAUCGUGUCAUCGUUGAGGCCGACGAGAAGAACAACGUCAUCUCUGCAUCCGUCACGAGCUCGACGCACGAACGAAAAUCCAAGACGUACGUGACAAUGAAGAAGGAAAGAAUCGUCCUGACACACAACGUCCUCGUCGAGGGCAUCCCUAUCGUCAUCGUCCUCAAAGCCCUUGGCGGCCUCACCGAUUACGAGAUCAUGCAGUUGGUCGCCGGCUCCGAUGGACAAUACCAAGACGAUUUUCGUAUCAACUUCGACGAGGCCGCGAUGGCCGGCAUAUUCACACAGCACCAAGCCUUGGAUUACAUUGGCGCGAGGGUGAAGAUGGGCUCGAGGCGGGCCCAGUUCGGACCCCAAGUUCGUCGGAACACCAUCGAGGAAGGCCUCGACGCCUUGGCCAACCUCGUCAUCGCGCACGUCCCCAUCCAAGGACUCGACUUCUACCCGAAGGCCAUAUACGUUGCCAUGAUGACUCGGAGAGUUCUGAUGGCGGCCCAAAAUUCCAAAUUGGUUGACGAUCGAGACUUCGUCGGAAACAAACGACUCGAGCUCGCAGGCCAGCUUCUCUCGCUCCUGUUCGAGGACUUGUUCAAGCAGUUCAUGGGCUUGGUCAAGAUGUCCAUCGACAAGGUUCUCAAGAAGAACAACCGUGCGGUGCCGCUGGAUGCCGUGCACAUGAUCAGCAACCACGCCAACAUCAUCGGCUUGGGCAUGAGCCGGGCCAUCCAGACGGGCAACUGGAGUGUCAAGCGCUUCAACAUGAACCGAGCCGGCGUCACCCACGUCCUGAGCCGGCUUAGCUACAUCAGCGCGCUGGGCAUGAUGACGAGGAUAAGCAGUCAGUUCGAGAAGACGCGCAAGGUGUCGGGCCCUCGCGCCCUGCAGCCGUCCCAGUGGGGCAUGCUCUGCACGUCGGAUACGCCCGAGGGCGAGGCGUGCGGACUCGUCAAGAAUUUGGCCCUCAUGACGCACAUCACGACCAACAUUGACGAGGCGCCAAUCAAGCGGUGGAUCUUCACCCUCGACACCGGCGUCGAACCGAUCAGGAACUUCUCCGGUGCCGAGAUGCAUCGGCAGGGAUCCUACAUCGUGCACGUCAACGGCACACCCUUCGCCUUGACGCGCUACCCGAAGCGCUUUUGCGCCAAGUUCCGGGCCAUGCGUCGCCAAGGCUGGAUCGCACCUUUUGUCAGCAUCAACAUCAACUCACACUUCAACGCCGUCCACAUCGCCACCGACGAGGGGCGCAUCUGCCGGCCCUACAUCAUCGUCAAGAACGGGCAGCAAAAGCUCAAGGCGGAGCACCUCAGGCUCCUGCAGCUCGGCAAGGCCACCUUUGACGACUUCCUCACCCAGGGCGUUGUGGAAUACCUCGACGUCAACGAGGAGAACGACGCGCUCGUCGCGCUGUACGAGGACAACCUGACGCUGAGCACGACGCAUCUCGAAAUCGAACCCUUCACGAUCCUCGGCGCCGUCGCCGGCCUGAUCCCGUUCCCGCACCACAACCAAUCGCCGAGAAACACGUACCAGUGCGCCAUGGGUAAGCAGGCGAUCGGAGCGAUCGCCUACAACCAGUUCAACCGCAUCGACACCCUGCUAUACACGCUGGUUUAUCCGCAGCGGCCGAUGGUCAUCACCAAGACGAUCGAGCUCAUCAACUACGACAAGCUUCCGGCGGGACAGAACGCGACGGUCGUCGUCAUGUCUUAUUCCGGCUACGACAUCGAGGACGCGCUCGUGGUGAACAAGGCGUCCAUCGACCGGGGCUUCGGCCGGUGCCAGGUGUUCCGAAAGUACACGACGGAGCUGCAGAAGUACCCCAACGGCCGAAGGGAACGCGUCGGCGAUCCGGUCAACGUCGAGGUCGGCGGCGCCCGGCGGCGCGACGAGAAGCACGAGGCGCUCGACGACGACGGCCUCGCCGCCGUCGGCUCGACGGUGAAGUCGGGCGACGUCAUGGUGAAGAAGGAGACGCCCAUCGAUCUGACGACGACGGGCAUCGGCAUGGAUCGCGGGCCGAGCGAGUACCGCAACUCGGCCGUCUCGUACCGGAUCCCAGAUCCGGCGCACAUCGACAAGGUGAUGAUCUCGCAGACGGAGAAGGACACGACGGUCAUCAAGGUGCAGACGCGGCAGACGCGGCGGCCGGAGCUCGGUGACAAGUUCUCGUCCCGCCACGGCCAGAAGGGCGUGGUGGGGCUCAUCGUGGACCAGGAAGACAUGCCGUUCGCCGACAACGGGCUCACGCCGGACAUCAUCAUGAACCCGCACGGUUUCCCGUCGCGAAUGACGGUCGGCAAGCUGCUCGAAUGUCUCACGGGCAAGGCUUCCAUCCUCGUCGGGCGGAAGGACCUCGGCUUCGGCGACGCCUUCCGGUCGCACCCGGUCGAGCAGAUGAGCCGUGUCCUCCUCGAUCACGGCUUCUCCUGGGAGGGCAAGGACUACUUCACGUCGGGGCUGACGGGGGAGCCUCUCGAGGCCUUCAUCUUCAACGGCCCGAUCUAUUAUCAGCGGCUGAAGCACAUGGUCCAGGACAAGAUGCACUCGCGCGCUCGGGGACCGAUGGCGAUCCUGACGCGGCAGCCGACCGAAGGUCGAUCACGGGACGGCGGCCUCCGGUUGGGCGAGAUGGAGCGCGACUGCCUCAUCGCGUACGGCGCGUCGCAGCUCCUGCUGGAGCGGCUCAUGAUCAGCUCGGACGGAGUGCAGAUCGACAUCUGCCAGCAGUGCGGCCUGUUCGGAUACAAGGGCUACUGCCACACGUGCAAGAGCACGAGGGAGGUGACAAAGAUGUCGAUGCCGUACGCGGCCAAGCUGCUGGUGCAGGAGCUCAUCAGCAUGAACGUUGGCGUUCGUCUUCAGCUUGAAGACGAGUUUCCUCACCCGAGGUGA